AGGUGUUACAGUGUAACAGAAGAAGACAACGCCAUAGUUGCCACAGCCCCAGAAGCAAGUCAUGCUUUUAGAAACACAAAGCGUGGCUUGGGGAAGUCAUCGCACAAGUUUACAUUUUCCAGAAUUUUCAAUGAGGACACUAGUCAGGGUGAUUUCUUCAAUGCAACAAUGUUGAGUAUGACUAAGGAUUUCAUCAGUGGUCAGAAUUCCCUAGUUUUUACGUAUGGUGUCACGUCAUCAGGAAAAACUUACACAAUUCAAGGCCAGCCUCAGAAUGCAGGUAUUCUGCCCAGAUGCCUGGAUGUGAUAUUUAACUCUAUCAACGGGAAACAGAUACCCAGCAGUACCACCCUCAAGCCUCGCAUGUUCACAGAUAUUGUACGGCUGUCUCCGUCAGAAGUCUUGCUUGAAAGGAAACUGAAGGAGCGAACUCUGAAAAUGAGUGUAGAUGAUGACACAACUGUUAUGACCUUACUGGGUGAUGAAAUGGAAUCUGCACUCUCAGAUACUGCAACUUCGAGCUCCAGUGCAUGUGGUGAAGACUUACUACCUGAUGUGGAAAAUCGAGACCGUGAGGAGCUGAAGGUGGACGUAGAAGACCAAGGCAAGAUCCGGUUUGGUGUGUGGGUGAGCUUUGCUGAGAUAUACAAUGAACAGAUAUUUGAUUUGCUGGAGCCUUUCCCACGGAAGAAAAAUGCCAAAAGGCCACCACUGAAAAUUUGUGAUGACCGAAACGGAAACCCUUACAUCAAAGGCUUGAAAGAGAUUCAUGUGGAAUCAGCUGAUGAGGCUUAUCGUCUUUUAACUAUUGGUCAGAGAAAUCUGCAAACAGCGUGCACUCGCCUCAACCAUUGCUCAUCUCGCAGCCACUGUAUGUUCAACAUUAAAAUUGUCCGUGUUGUUGACAAAGAUGAUCCUCAUAUUGCUAGAGUUAGCAUGUUAUCGCUGUGUGAUUUGGCUGGAUCCGAAAGGUAUUCAAAAACACAGGCUACGGGUGAUCGGUUGAAAGAAGCAGGCAACAUCAAUUCAUCUUUGAUGACACUGGGGCGGUGUAUAGAGACCUUAAGAUAUAAUCAGUUGCACAGGGAUCAACAGAGACUGGUUCCUUUCAGGGACAGUAAAUUGACACGCAUGCUCCAGAAUUACUUCAAUGGAAGUGGCAGAGCUGCUAUGAUUGUGAAUGUCAGUCAGAGUGCCUCCAUGUUCGAUGACACUUUACAUGUCUUCAAGUUCUCUGCCAUUGCCAAGCAGGUGAAGUACAUUGAGAAACCCCCCGAACCGCCCAAGAAGCAGAAGGAGAAGAAAGUCCUUCCUCCAGUGCAAAGGCCAUCAAUAGAAUGGGAGGUGCAUGAUGCGCAGAAUAAACCGCUUCCUGAUGAUGAAGAAUAUGAAGAAGAGGAAGAUUCUGAAGAUAACCAGGAUGAGAACAUCUCAGACAAAUGUCAAAUUCAAAAACUGAGAGCCUGUAUUCAGAGUUUGCAGCAGCGCAAUGAACGACUAGUGGAAAUGCUGCAGGAAGAGCUUGAGGCGUCCAGCAACCUUGAGAGCCGCGUGAGACAGGAAGUCACACAAGCCAUGAUGAAACAGGUUGUCAACAUUGAGGAGACAUACAGUGCCUUACUAAAAGAGACAAAUGAAGAUGCCCAGGAGAUAGCUGAUGAGCGUGUGAAAGGCAUUAUGGAGGUGUACGAGCAGCGGAUAGAGAGAAUUCAAAAGAAAAUAGAUGAAGAUGAUGAAUGGGUAUCAAGUUUACUGUACUGUCAGGAGCAAAUGAAAGUGCAGGAAAGGGAUGCAGAAAUUGCUGAGCUGAAUUCACAGUUGGAGAAACUGAGGGAAGAACAUGCCAUUUCACAGAAAAAGGAUGAGAAAAUUGAAGAGCUAGAGUCACUGAUUGCUGAGGCUGGAGAAGUGUACAACAAGCACACAGCAGAAAUAUCUCAACUGACAGAGGAGAAAGCUAAGAUUGAAAGUCAGCUGUCUGCCUUGAAAGAUGUGGAAAUUCAGCUCGAGGAAAUCAUGUCUAACAACAAUUCUCUGCAACAGUCUUUGAAAAACAAAGAAGCUGAAUGGAAAGCUCUAGAAGGAAAACUGAUUAAAAAGAUUGAGAACAAAGAUGCUACAAUUACUUCCUUACAAGAUGAAUGCAAGGAGUUGCAAGAUGAAAUUGAAAGACUGCAGGACCAAAUGAGUCAAAUGGAUGAACACAGCAAAUACCGCUUUGAGCUAGAAACAUCUGCAGGAUCUGACCAUAAAGAGAACAGACAUAGCAUUGGCAGCAGCUCAAAACAUGCUGACAGACCAACAGAGCCUGCACCUGAAAUGUCCAACAAAACAGUAAAAGAAAAUACAUCACAACAUACAGAAGAGAAUUCUGUAACUGGAGACAGUUUUGCAGAUAUAUUGAAAGAACUCACCCACCUGAGAGAGGAAGCUGCAAAGAAAGACAAAGAGACAGAAGAAAUAAAACAGGUUAAUGAAGAGUUAAAGAAACAAAUAAAAUGUCUGCAGAGUAAAGUAGAUGAUUUGGUCAUGGAAGUUGAUGUUAAAGAAAAUGAUAAAUAUAAAUAUACUGAAGAAAUAAAAGCAUUACAGGCAACCAGUGAACAGUUGAGGGGGGAUGUAGAUUCUGCAAAAGAAAGUAAAAUGAGUACUGAAGAAAAAUUGACUGUGUUGCAUGAAGAGAAUAAUCAAAUCAGGAGUGAGCUGGAGUCCCUAAAGAAAGUUAAUGAAGAAUUAGUUGAGAAAGUUCAGCUUCUUCAAAAGGAGCAGAAACAAAUAAGUGGUGAAAAGCUUUUUGCUUGUUUGAGUGGUGACAGAAUCAGCGCUUCUGAACUGAGUAAACACAGUGAGCAGGGAACAUCUGCUUGUUCUGAAAAGGGUAAUUCACAGAUGUUGGAUGAAAAGGGUAAUUCACAGAUGUUGGAUGAAAAGACCAUCGAUCAAAGCAAUGAUGAUGAAAUUGUUUUCAAUGUGAAGAUGGACAACACUACAUAUGAGACCUUGAAAAAUGAACAUGACAAAUUAAGACAAGAAUAUGAUGAUCUUCAGAUAGCUCAUGCUUCAUUAAAAGAGAGGGUACAGAAUUUAGAUGAUCAGCUCAGCAAGAAAGACACUGAAGAAAAUAAAGACUCAGAUGAUAAAGAGAUUAACAUCACAGAAAUGGUUCGACAUAUUGAGCAGAAAACACCAUUACCUAAACACAGUUUGUCAGGAAAAUGUCUUUUGAAGGACACAGACCACAGCAGUGUCCUUGAAGUCACGGGUAAAAAAGAGAUUUCAGCACUGAAAUUGAAAGCCGAAAUUGACGAGGAAAUCCUGAAAACACCAUGUACACGAUCAUCACAUAAUAGUGGCACUGUCACUUUGGCAGUGAGGCUAAAAGAUGCUGAACUAGCCAAUGCAGCGCUUAGAAAUAAAUUGAAGAAGGAAGAGGAGGAUUUCUUCAAACGAGAACAAGCUCUCAUUCAUGGUUACACUGCAGAAAUAGAAAACUUGAAGUACGAGCUGGCCAAAUUGAAGAGUAAAGUGGAUGUUUCUGGUCGAUUGUUGCCACAGCGAGGAAAGAGGAAGGCCACGGAUUCCAGCAUGACUUCGUCAUUGUCUGACUCCAUCAGUGAAACCAAUCCUGCUGAUUUAAAUCUUAUAAAUGCAAAAGGAGAUGACAUCGUCAAGGAGAAACAGUCUGCUAUUGUUUUGUCAAAUGAACUACUGUCUGUUCAGGAACAGCUUCUUUCUCUUGCUGCAGAAUACCGAAGACUUCAGGCAACAGAAAAUAAAAAUUCAACAAAUUCAUUUAUCACAGAUGUGGUUUUGGGUACUCCACGUGGUCGCCAAUCUGCUCAGGGAAUUUUCAGAUUUGAAGAGAAUGUUGCAGACAGUGUUCUCCAGUUUGAGUUAGAUGAGUUCGCUGUCAGAAUGGAUGAAAUGAGAAUCAAGAUUUCCCAGCAAGAAAAGGAAAUUACGCUGUCCAAGGCGGCUUUGAAGAAAGUAAAUGCCGAAAAAUUAGAGAUGGAAAGCAAAUUUAAAGAAAUGUUGCAGAACCAGGGUUCACAGCGGACUGAUGAACUAAUUAAAUUAGAAGGAACGGUGGAGACUGAACUGAGUUCAAAGAAGAUGAUUGAAGAGAAGCUACAGGAAGCUGAUGCUGCAAAGUCUCAAUUGCAAUCUGAGGUUGCAAACCAGAAGGUGAUGAUCACAGAGAUGAAAGAAACAUUAGAAACUGCAAUUGUUGCAAAAAGUGAAGCCGAGCUUAAAUUAAUUGAUUUAAGUAAAAAGCUGACAAUGAGAAAUGAAGAAUUUGAGAAAUCUGAGGUCAAACUGAAGAACUUACAAAAAAUUAUUGAGAAUCUAAACAGGGAGCAAGAUAAUUUGAUACAGACAAUUAGAAGUCUAAAAGAGAAUCAGUAUAUGCAGGAUCACAAUGUAGAAGAAGUUGAUCAGGAAUUGAAGGAAGCUCAGAACUUGGUUAAAAAGAUGGCAAAUGAACUUGAAGUGUUAAAAGAAGACCUGAAAACACAGGAAAAGCAUCACGAAGAAGCUGAAGCUAAACUAGCAGAAGCACUCACAGAGAAAGCUUUGCUGGAAGAAUCCUUGAAGAACAAAUCUAAGGAACUAGAUGAUUGUAGAGAAAAACUGAGCUACCUUGAGCAGAAAUAUAACGAUGUUCAAGAGACCUUGGCGACGACAGCAUCCCUGAAAGAUAAUUGUGAAAGGAAGUUGAAAUAUGCAGAUGAGAAAUUGGCAGCAUUAGAAGAACUGAUGAACAAGCAGCAGGAGGAACACACUAGCAAAGUUAAUGCACUGAAACAGCAGUUGUCUGGUGAGGGGGAGGCUAAGAUGGAAGCUUUGACAAGACUUGAGAAACAUGUAGACGAAUUGAAGCUACAACUGAAAGUCAAAACUGCAGAGUUAGAGAAAAUUGAAUGUCAGCGACAAGAGGAAGGUGCAGAAGUUUCCCAGAAAUUGCUGAUGCUGGAGAGGGAGAAGAAGCUGGCAGAGAGGAGGGCAGCUGAUGCUAAGGAAAGGGAGAUGGAGUGGCAGCUGAAAUACCAAGGAAUGGAUCAAAUGAAACAGCUGGAACAACAGUUACACCAACAAUUGAAGUCUGCCGCUGAAUGCUUAAGAAAACUGUCAGUGAAGACAAGUCAGCUCAGCAGUGACCUGGCUAUCAAGGAGCAAGAGUUGGAACAGUUGAGGGAGGAACUUGCCAGAAUGGAAUCACAUACUAAAGUUGAGCAUCUGGAAAAGUCUUUGGCUUCAGAGAAAGAACAGCGUUGUCAAGUUCAGAAAAGCCUGCAAGAGUCUCAGGAACAUUUUGCUAUCCUCAAGUCAACGUUUGCAGAUUGUGAAGAGACAAUGGAUCGCCAAGAAACGAUCAUAGACAAGCAAGAUGUCGACUUAAGCAGUUUUAAAACAAAGAUUGAAACCCUAACAGCUGAAACUGAGAGACUGGGCCAGCUGCUUAUUUCAAAGGAACUUGAAGUUGCCAGUUUGAACAAAAAAAUGACGAAACUAGAAGCAGAGGUCACAGUUCUGCACCAGUCCGAACAGAAAGCAUCAGAUGUGGAAAAUAUUUGUCAUGAUAAGCUGCAGAAAUAUCAGUCGGAGAGGAGAGAGUUAGAAGACAGGUUACAAAAUAUAGAAGAGGAGAACAGAAGUUUAGAGAAAAAACUGAAUAUCUCAGAAAAACAUUUGAAUCAAGAAAAGGAAAAUGUAGAGGAUUUGGAAGAAAGGUUGUCUAAGAGUGAAAAACAGAAAAAAGACCUUGAGAGAGAGAUACAAUCGUUAACAGACAAGCAGAAGAUAGUAGAGGAACAGAUGGAACAAGUUAAUCGCCAACGUGCAGAAGAGUUGGAACAGUCAUGUACUUUGAAGGCAGAACUGAAACUGCUCAGGAAAGAGGUCAGUCAACAGAAGGAGCUGGAUAAACUUAAUGAUACUCUGAAGGAGACCGCUGAAAAACUUAAGGUAAGUAAUAUCUAUUUACAGAAUUUCUUAGCAGCUGAGGAGAAAGAACUCAAGAAACAAGAAAGAAUUAAUAAGAGGAACAGAGAAGAAAUGGAGAACUGGAAACAGGAGAGGGAUGCAUGUGUAAGCAGAAUUGAGCAGCAUUUAAACAUGAGACAGCAAGAAUGUCAAGAUUUAGUUAAGGAGGUAGAGCAGCUAAAAAAAGACAAUGCUGACCUGGUGAAAACUGUUGCCAACAUUACAAGUAUGAAGGAUUCUGUGAUCGCUGAUUUGAGAAAACAAAAUAACAUACUGUCUACACAAAUGGCACAUGCGCAGGGAAUGUCUUCCCCGCCCAAGAUUGCCACACCAGACAACAGUGUUUUCAGUCGUAACGAGUUUGUUGAAGAUCUGGACACAACGGGACAUCUGGAGAUUGAUGCUACACCACCAAUCGCAGCCAAGAAAUGUAGAAAACGCCAGUCUCGACAGACGCAGUUGUCUUGCUCAGGUUCAUCUGUUGAUUCUGAGGUACCAACAACACCAGCCUGUAAAUCUCUGAAACCUAUAGAGGAGCAGAAUGAGAAUUCCCCUGGCAUUGCACGAAUGACAAGUCCUACCAAAAGCAUUACACGGACCACAAGUCCUACCAAAAUCAAUCUUCAUGAGAGAGUCGUCGGACUGGCCAGUGAGGUCAUUGCCAGUAUCUCACCUCUAACCAGAUCAGCAAAGAAACGAGAGAAAGAUGUUAAGAGAAGUAAAACUUUGACAACUGCAGCCCCAUUUGAUUUGGCACCAUAUUCUGCUGCAGAUGAUGUCCAGAAUGAAAAUGCGAAUCCCUUCGGCACAAGAAAAUCGUCCAGACUCAGAACCAGAUCAAAACACACUGCUAUUUAG